UGAUUGUUUAGCUCAGGCUCUAUACAAACCGCACCCUAUAGAAAAACGUACUUUGGGACAGUACGGUAAUAACCUUGGAACGGCAGUCCUGGAACGCGCUGUCGCUGCGUCCUGGACCUUGGCCUCAGAAGCUCUAGAGGGAGAAGCUCUACAGAGAAGGGAAUGGAAAUGGGAAUGGGAAUGGAAGAAGGGGAGGUUGAGGGGAAGAGUAUGUACGAGGUAAUGGAGGAGACGAGGAAGUCGAUGGAGGAGGCGGUGGCAAAGAUGCUCUUCUCCAAGAAGGAAAGGUCCAAGGCCGACCUCUCCCCCCUCCUCACCCAAGUCUCCCUCCUCUUCCUCAACCUCAGACAGGUAAACCGCUCAAUCCUUCUUGAGGAGGAUCGUGUAAAAGUGGAAACUGAAAGUGCAAAAGCUCCAGUGGACUUCACGACUUUGCAGCUUCACAAUUUGUUAUAUGAGAGAAAUCAUUAUGUGAAGGCAAUCAAAGCUUGCAAGGACUUUAAGUCAAAGUAUCCAGAUAUAGAACUUGUGCCUGAAGAAGAAUUUCACAGAAAUGCUCCUGAGGAAAUAAAAGGGAGUGCACUCUCACAGGAUGCUCCACAGGAUUUAAUGCUAAAGAGGUUGAACUUUGAGCUCUUUCAGCGAAAACAACUUUGUAGACAGCGGGAAGAACUAGAACAACGUAAAAGAACUCUUCAAGAGACUAUUGCUAACCGCAAGAAAUUCUUAUCAAGUCUUCCUUCGCAUCUGAAAUCACUUAAAAAAGCAUCUUUACCAGUUCAACAGCAGCUGGGAAUUCUGCAUACCAAGAAAAUGAAGCAGCAUCAAUCAGCGGAGCUGCUACCACCCCCUUUAUAUGUGAUUUACUCACAGUUAUUUGCACAUAAAGAAGCAUUCGGGGAAAAUAUUGAUGUUGAAAUUACUGGAAGUGUAAAAGAUGCCCAAGCUUUUGCGCAACAACUGGCAAACAAAGAUGUUGGGCUCCAUGCAAAUGUGGAGGAUAGUAAAUUGGAGGGGGAUGCACCUGAAGAAGAGGAUGAUGGGCAGAGGAGGAGGAAGUGGCCUAAGAAGGCUCGUGCCAAGGAGGAUAUGGACUUGACUGGAGUUUAUCAUUCUCACCCACUCAAUGUCAUCCUUCAUGUAUAUGAUGAUGAGUUUAUUGAUGCCAAACCUGUCAAAUUGGUUAGCGUGAGGUUUGAAUACUUAUUAAAGCUAAAUGUCGUGUGUGUGGGGGUUGAAGGGUCACAAGAGGGACCUGGGAAAAACCUAUUGUGCAACUUAUUUCCUGAUGAUACUGGCAAUGAGCUUCCUCACCAGACUGCUAAGAUCUUUGUUGGUGAUGAUGUAGCAUUUGAUGAAAAGAAAACAAUGUCAUGCCCUUAUAAAUGGGCACAACAUUUGGCUGGCUUUGAUUUCUUGCCUGAGGUAUCGCCUUUUCUUACUAAUAGCUAUACUUCAAUCUGCGAUGCUCCAAGAACUGCAGCCAUUCAAUCUGGUCUUUCUAUGUAUCGUCAUCAACAUCGAGUAAUGACAGUUGUGCAAAGGAUCCGGGCUCGAAUGAAGGCCCAGCUGGUUCUUUCGGAGCAACUUGAUUUACUAGCACAACACAAAUGGCCUCCAUUGACAUAUGAAGAUGUUCCAUGGGCUCUUCAUAGCCCUUUGUGUGCUUUAAGCAGCUGGCUCCCCGUAGAUCUCACACCUGAAGGGGAUUCAUCUGUUUCUACAGUUGGUGGAGAACAGCUUCUGGAAUCUUUAGAAACUGAAAAUGAUGGGAAAUCUGGAACACUGAAAGAAGAACUAGAGAGCACUAGGGAAGAUGGGGAACUUCCAUUAUUAAUAAUACAAGGUUCAACCCUUUCAAAUGAGAUUAAACUUCCAAUCCAUAAAGUGUCUAAUCUUGAGCAUAGUCAGGAUCUAAACUUUAUUUCUAAAAGCAAUAUGCCCAGCAAAGGAAAGCCUCAAACUCCUAGAAAGCUUGGAGCACUUGAGGAAUAUUCAGAAGUCAUUCUGGAGGAUGAAACUGAUGAAGAUAUGCCUGCAUAUGACUCAGAAACAGAAGAUGCCUCAGGUGUUGGAUGCCAUAAGAAGGAUAAGAAAUCUUGGAAGGAUAGUGCUACAAGAGAAUUCAUUCUGGUUUUGAGUUAUCAAAUGAACAGUGACGAGAAAAAAGUGAAUUUGGAAGCAAGGGUCAAGAUCAGUAUGGAGUACCCUCUUAGGCCUCCAUAUUUUACCUUAAGGCUUUUUACAGGAGACUUUAGAGGCCGGCCUCCUGAUGUGACACAAGAUGUCUUUAUAGCAUGUGAUAAAUCCGAAUGGUACAACGAACUUCGGGCCAUGGAAGCAGAGGUUAAUCUUCACAUAUUAAAGUUGCUGCCUCGUGACCACGAUGACUGCAUUCUUGCCCACCAAGUAAAGUGCCUUGCAAUGCUGUUUGAUUUUCAGAUGGGUCAGGCAUCAUCACUUCCUGAGGCUAGGAAAGCCACUUCCUUGAUUGAUGUUGGGUUGUGCAAGCCGGUUGGUGGUAAAAUUAUUGCCAGGUCUUUUAGGGGAAGGGACCGAAGAAGGAUGAUUUCUUGGAAGAAUAGAGAAUGCGUUAUUGGAUAUCCGUACUAGUAUGAUAUGUUGGGGAGUAUGCAACGCCUCCAUGUUUAUGGUCUCCUGCAAAUAUGUUAGAAAUUCAUCCUAUUGGAGAUGUAGAUAACCUACCCUGAUCUCUUUUAUGUAGCAGGUUUAGCAGAUGUUAUUACUGUCAGUUGUUUUGGCCGGGUUGGGGAAUUUUUGGGAGGAGGUAAUGUCACUGAUUCAGAUAUUUGUGGAAGGCAGGAUGUGGUCUAGAUAGUUCCUUAAGUGGGUUUCUUCUAUGUGGCUGUGAGUUCCUUACGUCCAGUUUGGACACUAAAUAUGCUUAGUUUUUUAUCCAGAGUGAUCAUAUAUUUGUACCCCUGAACAAGGCUGAAUUGCCCAAGUUGAUUGCUUUUCUUUGAUCACCAUAGCAUUCCUUUUUUUAUUAGAAAUGUAGGUAUUAGCAUUACUUAACCCAUUAUUAGGUGCUUUUAUAUGUGUCAAUCAAUAGAGUCCUUGGAAUAGAUUCAUGUGCGCGUUGGUAUGCCUUUGUCUCAUCCAGUUCUUACCUCCUUGAGCAUCCUCAGCAAAAUGUGGGAAGAGAGUCGGAUUUUAGAAUCUUGACUGCAUUCAUUGGGUUUAAUGAUUCUUUGGAUGGAGUAGAGUUGAUCAAUCCAUACCUGUAUAGAGAAGAAACAUUGCAGGAUGUUGCCUAUAUGUUGAAUUGUCUAAGAACUGCAGUAAGUACUUGCUGUUUGAUUUAACUCAAAUAUGUUGAUUAGAGUUUUCCUUUGUUCCUAAAACAGAAUAUCUCUUGCUAGUAUGAAGUAUGUUAUCUUUUGUGCU